GGCUUGCCCGUUUCAGUUUUAACUGAGGGCAUGUUGGUCUUUGACCGCGGUACAUGUGUGCGCUCCUUGUCCUAAUUAAGUAACCGGGGCCGCCUAAUUGUCCUAAUCUCCUGUUGAAAAUCCACAUCUUGUUACAAAAAGUGCCCGUAUCUCAUGGCUAUAAUUAGCCCAGACUCCUAGUUCCUGAUCUUCCUGUUCCUGGCCUUAUAAAUAGAAGCCGUUGCCAUUUGCAUGGUCUACAAGCUUCUCAUCUCUUCCUCUUCCUCUCCCACCCCCUCUGCGGUUUCAUCCAGAAAAGAUCGAAGCAAAACAUUGGAGUGCUCGCCGCCGGCCGGGGUUUCCAAUCGACGGUGCACGCCAUGCUCGACGACGAUCAGUCCUUCACCGAGGGCAUCUCGAGCCCCAUAGCCGCGCACAUCCUCGACUUCUGCGACGAUGGCAGCGGCGGCGGCGAUCUCUUCGGUGCGGUGAACGCGGCGUCCGACGUGUUCGCUGCCUCAUCGGAGGACGCCUCGUCGUCGUCCACCACCACGCCUCCUCUCUGCAGCCAUGGCGACAACAUGUCGUCGGGCGCGGCCGCGGCCACGACCACGGCCACCUUCUCCCCCUUGCCGUCCCUCGACUCCACACUCUCGGCACUCCUCGAGGAAGACCAGCCGCCUGGCCCCGACGCCGAGCUCCUCCUCCCAAUAGACUACGCGUUUGCGGCGGCGGCGGCGGGCACGGACGAGACCCAGACGGAGCAGCAACAGUUUGGCCAGAUGGUGCUCCCGGUGGUGACCGCGGCAGAGCACCACCCGGCGCUGCAGACGCAAAUGAGCAGCACGGCGUCCGACCUCAUGCAGCUCACCUCGGGAUACACCGACGAGUGCUUCGCGGCGGCGCUGGCCGGAGGGUUCAUGGGGCUGGAGGAGACCCUGUGCCAGCAGCAGCCUGGCGCGAUGCUCCCCGGCGCCGCCGACGCGGCGACGCAGGGGUGUUACGCGACCCAGGGAGGUUUCUUCGGCGGCGGCGGCGGUUGCACGGGCACCGUGAUGUCGAUGAUGCUGGGGAUGGAGGAGAUGGGCGAGUACCAGAGGAUGAUGGAGGGCGGCGCGCUGGUGGACGCCGACUCCGCGGGGCAGAUGGCGUUCCCUACCGCCGCAGAGAUGCAGAUGGGAGGCAGCGGGAGCCCCGGGCGGCUGCCGGCGGCGGGAGAGACCUCGAGCCUGGAGGACACGAGCUUCAAGGCCGCCCGCCUCUCCGUGGAGGAGAGGAAGGAGAAGAUCCACCGGUACAUCAAGAAGAGGAACGAGCGGAACUUCAGCAAGAAGAUCAAGUACGCGUGCAGGAAAACCUUGGCGGACAGCAGGCCGCGCGUCCGCGGGAGGUUCGCCAAGAACGACGAGUACUGCGAAGCGUCCACGGCGAUGGGAUCACAGAACCACGAGGAGUACGAGCAGAUGCCGGGCGUGAAGGCGGAGGACAUGCUCGACCCCGACGCGCUGGCGCACAUCAGCGGGAUGAGCUCCUACAUGUACAACCACACGGUGGAGUCGUGGAUAUAAUCUAACUCACGACGAACACGAGCCCCCGCUAAUUCCAUUUUUCCCCAACCUAUUUUACACGUGCAGAUUUUUAACAGCCUGUUUAACUUGAUUUUGGUCCCGUGGAAUAAUUUUGUAGCUCCUGAAGCGGCGAGUUGAAUUUACUUACCAUGUAGGGUCGGCCGGUCUGUUGUGUCAGUCGAAAUCUGCUUUUCGCUUGUUGCAGCUAAUUCUUGCAGGUGAAUGUGAGGUUUUAGAGUUUGCGGAGGAGUUGUGUACUUGUUUUUUUUUAAUAGAAAACACAGCUUCAGG